CAGUCAUUUGUUUGCAAUGAAUGCCAUACAUACAGUAGAGGUGUAGUUAGUUUAUUAAACCGACACUUGGGCUCGUGAAUACUUAUGGAUAAAUCAUAAUACAUGUGAAGACUUGCCAGAAGUCCAGAAUACCGAGGCGGCGAGGAUAAAUCGGGUGGAUACCCAGUCGGCGAGGAUAAAUCGGGUGGAAGUCUUAGCUGUGUCACAUGGAAUGUGUAGGACUGGCGUGUUCACAACGUCAUGGUUGAAAGACAAGUGGGUCACUGCUAAAGAAUGAAGCCAACACAUGAUGUAGACCGUGGAUAUGCCUGGGUCGUUCUGUUCGCCUCAUUCUGUGCGAUGUUCAUCUGUGGGAUGAUGGUGUAUUCGACUGGGGUCAUCAAUACCGCCAUCUUGGAGGAGGUUGACAGCGACCUCUCGCGGACGUCAUGGGUUGGCUCGACAAUGCUAGGGACUUUCACCUUCAUGGGUCCUUUGGCGGGUCUGAUCACCAAGAAACUGGGCUACAGGUUAGCCUGUUUCGGGGGGAGGAGUACUCAUCCUAAUGGGACUCGCUGCAGCAUCCUUUGGUUCGGAGUUGGACUGGGACUGAAUUCCUCGGGUGUAGCUCCUGGCCAUUAUUUUGUCAAAAAACGAAGUCUGGCGUUUGGUGUGACUGUAUCAGGUGCUGGUAUGGGCAUGUUUACUGGAGGUCCUCUAAGUCAGAUGCUGAUCCAGGAGUACAGUCUCAGUGGCUGUCUUCUUAUCUUGGGCGCCAUCGCCUCCAAUAUGUGUGUUGCAGCCUGCCUCCUGAGACCCGUCCCAAGCACCAGAAAGAAAAUGACAGAUGACACCAACCAUCAAGCGGGCACAUGCAUUUCAGAAACAUCUUUCGAACAUACAGCAAUAUCAAGAGAAGAAUGUUCUGUCGACAGUGUAGAAUUUAUGUCUGCAGUAGAACCACUGGUGACUGACAAUUGUAGUGGUGGGACUGCACAACAUUCCAUGAAUCAUCAGGAAAACCACAUUAAAUCGAAACAUAAAGGUAACACGUUAGAAGGGAAGUUUCUCCCUUUGACAUCCACUGAUGACGAAGAAUGCUUCAUAGGUGCAUCCAACAAUUCUGGUAAGAUGACCAAAGACAAUAACACACACUGUAGUUCAUGUUACGAGAAAGGAUCGCCGAACCCUUUCAGAAAUUGCCUCAAACGCAUAAGGAGAAUAACUAUACUAAACAAAUAUGGAUUCAUCAGCUACUGUCUUAGUUUUCUGUUCUGGGCACUCGGGGAAGGCGCGUGUCUCUUCCACCUUCCCAACUAUGCCGAACAUAAAGGCAGUACAGAAACUGAAGCAGCUAGUCUGUUCACGGUCAUGGGAGUGGGAAGUGUCAUUUCUAGACUUCUGACAGGGUUUGCUGGAAGUGAUGCCUCGGUGGAUUAUGUGACACUUCACAUGGGACUUUUGGGAAUCUCUGGACUCCUAACACUGUGUUUUCCUCUUUACUCAAACUCCUACGUUCUUCAGAUGACAUUUAGUGCUGCAUAUGGGCUGUAUAGUGGUGGUCUUAACACUCUUAUCAGUCCAAUAACCAUAGAACUAAUGGGCUUGAAGCAUUUAGCUAUUGGAUCAGGCAUCGGGAACUUCUUUCGUGGAAUUGGUUUCUUCGCUGGCCCUCCUCUUUCAAGUUUCAUAUAUUCAGCGACAAGGCGUUAUGACUUUACGUUCGUAUUUGCAGGAACUAUUCUCCUGCUUGGGGCAUUCUUUGGUGCCUUAGUGGGAAUCUUUGGGAAACAAUCGCAACAGAUGCAAAAUAUUCACAAGUCUGAGGAAGUUCAAGAGGCUAUUGAAGAGUCUCCAAAGUGAUAGGAUGGGUGAUAUCCACAGCAAGUCUGAGUUGACGUUCAAAGAGCUCCGCUCCACAAGGUGGCUGCCAAUGCAGCAAUGACACCAAUGCUACCUCAUCAGUUGCCUUGCCAAUACAUGAUCGGUCGAAAUGUGCGACAGAAAGAAUAGUUAACGCAUCUUCAUGAUACAAUUAUGGAAUAUUCAAAAACAACAUUUUUGUUUGUUUGUAUUUUUUCUCUUCAGGAGAAUUCAGAAAUGGAAUAACAUAUGAAAUAUC